AUGCCAGCUCUCUGCCAACUCUCUUCCACAGCAACAACUCUCUGCCAACACUCCCCCACAACGCCAGCUCUCUGCCAACUCUCUUCCACAGCAACAACUCUCUGCCAACACUCCUCUUCAACGCCAACUCUCUGCCAACACUCAUCUUCAACGCCAGCUCUCUGCCAACACCUCGGCACAGCAACAACUGUCUGCCAACACCCAGACACAACGCCAGCUCUCUGCCAACACCUUGGCACAGCAACAACUCUCUGCCAACACUCCCCCACAACGCCAGCUCUCUGCCAACACCUCGGCACAGCAACAACUCUCUGCCAACACCCAGACACAACUCCAGCUCUCUGCCAACUCUCUUCCACAUCAACAAUUCUCUGCCAACACCCAGACACAACUCCAGCUCUCUGCCAACACCCAGACACAACGCCAGCUCUCUGCCAACUCUCUUCCACAUCAACAAUUCUCUGCCAACACCCAGACACAACUCCAGCUCUCUGCCAACACCCAGACACAAUGCCAGCUCUCUGCCAACUCUCUUCCACAGCAACAACUCUUUGCCAACACCCAGACACAACGCCAGCUCUCUGCCAACACCCAGACACAACGCCAGCUCUCUGCCAACUCGCUUCCACAGCAACAACUCUCUGCCAACACUCAGACACAACUCCAGCUCUCUGCCAACACCCAGACACAACUCCAGCUCUCUGCCAACACCCAGACACAACGCCAGCUCUCUGCCAACACCCAGACACAACGCCAGCUCUCUGCCAACACUCAUCUUCAACGCCAGCUCUCUGCCAACACCUCGGCACAGCAACAACUGUCUGCCAACACCCAGACACAACUCCAGCUCUCUGCCAACACCCAGACACAACUCCAGCUCUCUGCCAACACCCAGACACAACGCCAGCUCUCUGCCAACACUCCUCUUCAACGCCAGCUCUCUGCCAACACCUCGGCACAGCAACAACUCUCUGCCAACACCCAGACACAACGCCAGCUCUCUGCAAACACUCAGACACAACUCCAGCUCUCUGCCAACACCCAGACACAACUCCAGCUCUCUGCCAACACCCAGACACAACUCCAGCUCUCUGCCAACU